AUGAAUGAGUUAGGCUGGAUCACCGCCGUCCAAGUCGUGCUCAUCGUGUGUGCCACUCCGCCGGAGUCGCGUUUCAAAUGGUCCACGCUGGAUUGGCUGGAUGCCCAGAACGUGAGCCAUGAGGUGCAUAAUGUAACCACUGCGGAUGGCUAUCAGUUGCAGUUACAGCGGCUUCCGCGCCCGGGAGCUCAAUCCGUGCUCCUGGUCCAUGGACUUCUGGGCUCCUCGCUGGGAUGGGUUUGCCUGGGGCCAGAGCGAAGUUUGGCCUUCCAGCUGCACCAACGCGGCUACGAUGUGUGGCUGGCCAAUUUGCGCGGCGUGGCGCCAUACGGAAGGCAGCACAGCGACUUGACCGACGUGAUGCCGGCAUUCUGGCGUUUCAGCUUUCACGAGCAGGGCGCCUACGAUUUGCCGGCCAUAAUUGACCACAUGACGGCGGUCACAGGCGCCGAACAACAGCCAGGAGAAGCAGGCCCAGAUCCAGAUCCAGAGCGGGAGCCGCGACAAGUCCUGCUAAUUGGGCACUCGCAGGCCUUCAAUGCCUUCCUGGUGCUCUGCUCGGUCCAUCCGAGGUUCAACCAACGCAUCCGGCUGAUGCAGGCCCUGGCGCCACUGGCACGACUGCGUCGCAAGGUGCGUUUUGAUUCCAACCAGGUGCGGCAUCUCAUGAAAUUUGUCAAGAAACGUCAAAAGAGCAACCAACUGGAGAUCUUUCCGCCGGGUUAUCUACCCAAAAUAUGCCAAAGUAAGCGGGAUAUCUGCGAAUAUUACACAAAGCAACUGGCAGGCAGUGCCCAGAGCAAUAAAAAGUUGCUCGAAGCCUUUAACUAUGAACACCUCCUGCAAGGCGGUUCCGCCCGGGAGAUACGUCACCUUCAACAGAUCUGGAAGUCGGGUGACUUCAUUUCCUAUGACUUUGGACCCGUUGAGAACCUGCAGAUAUAUCGCGGCGUCGAGGCCAUAAAUUACAACAUUAGCCAAAUCACUGUGCCAAUCAUAUUGUAUUUUGGGGAAACCGAUGCCAUGGCCACUCCCGAAGGAGUCCAUGGUAUUUAUGCCCGGAUGCUCAAAUCGGUGAAGGGUGUAAGGCGCAUUAACUCCCCGAAAUUCAACCAUUUGGAUUUCCUCAUCUCCGGCGAUGUCAAGACCCUGGUCAACGACAAAUUAAUCGAGCAAAUGGAACAAUUUCUGGCGGGCCGAUUGGCCUACGUAAUUGAAUGA